AUUUUGAUUAGAAGAAAAAUACAACUUGCUUUCCAUUUCGGUGCAUUCGUAUAUGAAUCAUUCUGCAAUAUUGAACAAAUUGUGUACAGUUAAAGUGUAUUUGAUAUAGACCAUGACGGCAUUUGAAGAGUUUGGUGUUAUGCCGGAGAUAGCUCAAGCGAUCGACGAGCUGGAAUGGAUGCUGCCAACUGAUGUGCAAGCCGAAGCAAUACCGUUGAUUCUUGGCGGAGGUGACGUACUGAUGGCGGCCGAAACGGGUAGCGGCAAAACCGGCGCCUUUUGUUUGCCCAUUCUGCAAAUCGUGUGGGAAACGCUGCGUGACAUUAAGGAAGGUAAGACAGGAAGAACCACUUCCCAAAAGGGACAACCGUGGACAUUCUCAUACACCGACCGUGGUCAGGCAAUGGCUAUCACACCGGACGGAUUGCGGUGCCAGUCGCGUGAGAUUAAGGAAUGGCACGGAUCGCGUUGUACCACCGGUGUACACGGCAGGGGCAAAUACUAUUACGAAGCGACAGUAACGGACGAAGGGCUGUGUCGGGUUGGUUGGUCAACGGAACUGGCCAACCUCGAUCUUGGCACCGAUCGUUUCGGGUACGGAUUUGGUGGCACGGGUAGAAAGUCAAACUGCAAGCAGUUCGACGUGUAUGGCGAAGCGUUCGGCAAACAGGAUGUCAUAGGAUGUAUGCUCGAUCUGGAUGGUAAAGAAAUAGGAUUCUCGAAAAACGGCGUAUUUCUCGGCACAGCGUUCAAGCUAAACGAUGCAGAUGCGAAGAGUAACUCUUACUAUCCUGCCGUUGUGUUGAAGAACGCGGAAAUAGCAUUCAACUUUGGACAAACCGAUUUCAAGUACCCUUUGCCGGCCGGCUACACGCCAGUGAGCAGCGUGGCCAAAGAUAACCUGUCGGAAAAUCCCAACACUGGACCAUCGGGCAGUGCCGAAGGGGAGGCCGCCAAACCAAAACCGAACGCACCGCAAGCGAUCGUUAUCGAACCUUCGCGCGAGUUGGCCGAGCAAACGUUUAACCAGAUUCGCAAGUUUAAGAAACAUCUGCAAGAUCCAGAAGUGCGCGAACUGUUGCUUAUCGGUGGCGUGAAUGUUCGCGAACAGAUGGAGGUGCUGCAGCGUGGAGUGGACAUCAUUGUAGCAACACCCGGCAGACUGGAAGAUCUUAUCGGUGGCGGGUACGUGCUGUUGAAUAGCUGCCGAUUUUUCGUACUCGAUGAAGCGGAUGGAUUGUUGAAGCAAGGCUACACCGAAAUGAUCGAUCGUUUGCACAAACAGAUCCCGAAGAUAACGUCCGACGGGCGCCGACUGCAGAUGGUCGUAUGCAGUGCCACACUGCACUCAUUCGAGGUGAAAAAGAUGGCCGAAAGACUGAUGCACUUUCCGACCUGGGUCGAUCUGAAGGGUGAAGACGCUGUGCCGGAAACGGUACAUCAUGUGGUUUGCAUGGUCGAUCCGCAGAAGGACACAAGCUGGCAGGCGAUGCACGCCCACAUCCAAACCGACAGCGUACAUGCGAGGGACAAUGUUCGGCCGGGCUCGAACACUGCGGAAACGCUUUCGGAAGCGGUGAAAAUGCUCAAGGGAGAAUACACGCUGAAAGCGAUCGACGAGCAUAACAUGGAUCGUGCAAUCAUUUUCUGUCGCACAAAGUUGGACUGCGAUAAUAUGGAGCGCUAUCUGCGGCAAAGGGGUGUCCAAAAGUACUCGUGCGUAUGUUUACAUGGCGAUCGUAAUCCAAAGGAACGAAAGGCCAAUUUAGAGAAGUUUAAAAACAAAGAAGUUAAAUUCCUCAUCUGCACGGAUGUGGCGGCCCGUGGUUUGGAUAUUACUGGGUUGCCGUUUAUCAUUAACGUGACGCUGCCAGAUGAAAAAUCUAACUACGUGCACCGCAUUGGUCGUGUUGGUCGCGCGGAUCGUAUGGGAUUAGCUUUUUCGCUCGUUGCUUCAGUGCCGGAAAAAGUUUGGUACCAUGGGCAGUGGUGUUCGUCGCGGGGCAAAAACUGUUGGAACACGGCGCUAACUGACGUGAAGGGAUGUUGCAUGUGGUACGAUGAGAAAAUGUAUCUAGCCGAAAUCGAGGACCAUCUGACGGUGACUAUUCCGCAGAUUGAAAAAGACAUGAAGGUCCCGUUGAACGAGUUCGACGGUAAGGUGGUGUAUGGUGAAAAGCGCAUGAACACUGGAACCGGCUACAAGGACCACGUGGAGCAGCUAGGUCCGGUCGUACGUGAGUUGGCGCGUUUGGAGCGAGAGGCUCAAUCUUUGUAUCUUAAAAGAUUGGCCGUUUAGGUCGUGGUGGGUACAAUUUAACGAUCAUUCUUGUAUGUUAGCGAACUAUGCAUAAGAAAUACAUAAUACAUUAGAAUUUAUUCAACAUCCGA